GAAGACAGGUCUCCCAGCUGUGGAUAACGUACGCAGCCUUAUAAACGCCAACACUUCCGUGUUUUCCAGGUUCCACAGCGACUGCCUUUAUUUACCCAGCUCAGAAAGCGUUAGAGUGACAAGAUGAGUAGUGAAAAAUACCCCAGGUCCUCUAUUGAAGACGACUUUAACUAUGGCACAAAUGUCGCUACAGCCAGUAUCCAGAUCCGUAUGGACUUCCUGCGGAAGGUGUACAGCCUCCUGAGCUUGCAGAUCAUCCUGACCACCGCCACCUCUGCCCUCUUCAUGUUCUCUACAACUAUCAAGGAGUUUGUCCAUGCCAGUCCUGCUGUGGUUUUGGUUUCGGCUCUGGGCUCUCUGGUUCUUCUGCUGGCCCUGGCUGUGUACAGACACCAACAUCCAGUCAACCUCUACCUGCUGCUCAUAUUUACUCUGCUGGAGGCAGUUUCUGUGGCCACAGCUUUGACCUUCUAUGAAUACUCCACUGUACUGCAAGCCUUGUUCCUGACCUGUGCCGUGUUUGCUGGACUUACAGCCUACACCUUCCAGUCCAAGAGAGACUUCAGCAAAAUGGGAGCAGGGCUGUUCGCCUGCCUGUGGAUCCUCAUCAUUGCAAGCUUCAUGAGGUUCUUCUUCCACAGUGACAGCACAGAGCUGAUCAUGUCUGGAGCUGGGGCUCUGAUCUUCUGCGGUUUCAUCAUCUACGACACCCACCUGCUGAUGAAGCAGCUCUCCCCCGAGGAGCACAUUUUAGCCUCCAUCAACCUCUACCUGGACAUCGUCAACCUCUUCCUGCACAUCCUGCGUCUCCUUGACUCGAUGAAGAAGCACUGAAGGCUGCAGUACCACUUCAGACUGCUUCACUCGGCUAUUAUCUAUUGUUGUUAACCCUAACAGCCUCACUGGAACCCCUCAGAUAUGACUGUCAUUACCCUGCAUUCACGCAAGUGUUACCAUCCUGACGUUCACAAACAUGAGAUUUUAGAGGGGACUCUUUAUUCUGUGCUUGGGGAACUCUCUUUACAGGCAGCUGCACUAAGUGCUUCUGUUUACUUUACCCAUACUUUUUGUAGCUGAUUGCACUUUUGUAUUAAAUGAAGUCAAUCUAUAAGUUUUGAUUAUUCUGAAAUGAAAAUGUACUCAUUAUAAUUAGGUGACAGCCAGUCAGUUAAGGGGACACUACAUGAUUUGAUAUAGAGCACACUAGCAUCCCUAACCGGCCCAAUUGCAGCUCUCCUUGUUUUUGACCCCAGAUAGACACUUUGUGAUGUGAGGCACUAGUGGAUGCUGUAACAAUUGUAGUGUGUGCAUUUUUCUUCCCAACAGUAUCUCUCAGUGGUGAUUCAGAUCUAUCAUUCCACUCAUUUAUUCUGUUAUUUAUUGUUUAUGUUUUCAAUCUUGUCAGAAAUGAGUUUAUUCCACCAGUGCACUGCAGCCCUCUCAUGUGCCACAUCUGUUAAUGAUGUACAAUAGCAAGAGAAAUGAAUUUGCAUGCCUUGGAUUUUUAAUAUCUGUGAUUGUACAUAUGUUUAUGGUGUAAAUGUAACAGUGACAGUUUUUGGGAUCAAGAACUGAAACCCUGAAACAUGAGGUAAGCCUAAAUAUGUGAUUCGUCUGAUUCAUCUGCAUCAGGAUAUGUUAAAUGAGAUGAAGGCAUUAGCUUUAACUGUUAAAAAGACAUGAAUUUUU